GCCCUCGCUGCUUCUUCCGUCCCUGCUCUCCUCUUCGCCCGUGGCCACCGUGUCGAGAACGUUCCUGAGGUCCCACUCGUCGUCGACUCCAAGGCCUUCGAAGGUGAUGCUAUCACCAAGACCAAGGCUGCCGUCGCCCUUCUCCAGGCCGUCGGUGCUGGCGCUGACCUUGUCAAGGUCAAGGAGUCCCGCAAAGUCCGUGCUGGUAAGGGUAAGCUGAGAGGCCGCCGAUACCGCCAGCGCCGUGGUCCUCUCGUCGUCUACAACCCAGAUGUCGACGGAAAGGACCUCGUUAAGGCCUUCCGCAACAUUCCCGGCGUCGAGACCUCCUCCGUUUUCUCCCUCAACCUCCUCCAACUCGCCCCAGGCGGUCAUCUCGGACGUUUCAUUGUCUGGUCCUCUGCCGCUUUCAGCGCUCUCGACGAGAUCUAUGGCACCACGACCACCGCAUCCGCCCUCAAGAAAGAUUUCCUCCUGCCCUCUAACAUCGUCUCUAACGCCGACAUCACCCGUCUCAUCAACUCUUCUGAAGUUCAGUCCGUCCUCAGAGAACCCAAGGGCGAAGCCAAGACCAAGAGAGGAUGCGUCCAGAAGAAGAACCCUCUCAAGAACAAGCAGGUUCUCCUCAGACUCAACCCAUACGCUGCUGCUUUCUCGAAACAAAAGCUGGGUCAGACCGGUAUCGAGACUGACAAGGCACCUGAGCGUGCUCCUGAAAGCUUCCAUAAACUCUUGAACGAGGCUUAGAUGAGAUCUUGUUUUUUGAGUACAAUACCAAAACUUUUUUUUAAAUUAAACGCUUUCAAUGGGUUCUGAUGCCGGGUUUGCUCUUUUACUAUUGUCAAAUACGAGGUAGUUGCCAUGAUAUAAA